GAAUGACUUGUUCCUCUUUCUUUGUUUAUUAGGUUGGUAAUACUGGUGCUAUGAAUAACGAGGCUACUACAAAUAUGAUGCAAAAAUUUUGGGAACAAUUGGGGCCUGCAGAUGAUGAUGAAGAUACACGGAGCUCUACAUUUAAUCUCAGCGAGGGAUCCCUAAAAAUGGCAUCUGAAAGUGGCGAUACAACAAAAUCUUAUCUCACUUUGUCAGUGCAACCAAUUAGUUUUUCCUUCAAAAUCGAAGACAAGAGAGGCGGGAUGCACCGGUUUAUCUGUGGAGGGAGAAUGGAACAAGUCCAACAACUUCUUGUUUUGCCGUCAUUUUAUGAUUAUACUUGUGAAUGCAGACACUCAAAUUUGACAGAUCUCAUUACUUGUAUACUUCAAAGAGUUGGUGAUGAUAUUGAUCGUAACCAUCUACCGAUGAUUUUGAAAUGA